GUUGACACAGCCGAAGCCGAGCACUUGAUCAGACAGGGCCUGAGCAGACGAGCUAUGAAGGCCGAUAGCAACUCACCAUCAACUGAUUCAGACAUGCUGUCCGAUGGCAUCCACAGCUAUGAGCAGAUAACUCAAAGUAAUUUCUCAAAGACGCUGAAGAAAAUCGCCAAUAAAUUUCUACUUCCUGUGUUUCUGAUCCCGGCCAUGCCAACUUUUAUGAUGAUCAUCUGGUUUACGGUGGUACACUGUGACGGUAGCUACGCCAAAAUGGUGGCAUUCCUCUCCAACAAAUCUAUUCUGGCUGGUCUGGCAGAGGUGUGGUCCAUGGUUCGUUAUCCGUCCACUCCUAUUGUCGGCAUUUUUGUUGGGUACUGUGUCUAUGCCCUGUCAAUGAUGAAAUUGCUCCCAGGAGCUACCGUCUAUGGCCCUGUCACGCCAAAAGGAAACACUCCCAUCUAUAAAGACAAUGGGUUUGUCUAUUACAUCCUGACAAUUUCUUUAUUUUGGAUUCUCACCUUUGUCCUGCAUCCAUAUGGAAUCUCGCCAUCGAUAAUUUACGAUAGAUUUGACGAAGUUCUGUUUUUGCUAAACAUGUUCAGUUUAAUCUUCUGUGCUUUUCUGUACCUGAAGGGAAAAUUUGCACCUUCCUCUAAUGAUUCUGGUUCAUCUGGGAAUAUUAUUUUUGAUUAUUACUGGGGAAUGGAACUGUACCCCCGAGUUUUUGGGUUCGAUGUGAAAGUGUUUACUAAUUGCCGCUUUGGUAUGAUGGUUUGGGCAUUGCUUGUGUGCGUGUAUUCUGUCAAAAGUUAUGAGCUGUAUGGUUUUGUCGAUUCUAUGUUUGUGUCAACAUUUCUGCAGUUAUUGUAUAUUACUAAAUUUUUCUGGUGGGAAUCUGGAUACAUGAGAACCAUUGAUAUUAUGCUUGACCGGGCCGGUUUCUACAUCUGCUGGGGUUGUCUUGUCUAUGUUCCUGGCCUCUACGCUUCUGUCUCAUUCUACUUGGUAAGCCACCCUGUGAUUCUUGGCAACUUCCUGUCUGCAGUUUUUCUACUGCUGGGUGCUGUAAGUAUCUACAUUAACUUUGCCGCUGAUAACCAGAAACAGGUCGUUCGCCGAGCAGACGGCAACUGUCUCAUUUGGGGAAGCAAACCAGACAUCAUUCGUGCCAAGUACCAGCUGGAAAAUGGAGACACCAAAGAAAGUAUUCUGUUAGCGUCUGGCUGGUGGGGAUUGUCCCGCCAUUUUCAUUACAUCCCAGAAAUCAUGCUGGCGUUUUUCUGGUCGGCCCCCGCCCUCUUCACCAACUUGAUGCCCUAUUCGUACUUAAUCUCCCUGCUGAUUCUGCUGAUCCACCGCAGUUACCGUGACGACAGCAAGUGCGGCCAGAAAUAUGGUAGAUUUUGGCACGAGUACUGUAGAAAAGUACCCCACAAGAUUGUUCCAUUUCUAUUCUAG